CUAUGUAAAACAUCGCUCCUUAUUAGUAAUACCCUUUCUCAUUUUAUUCACUGGAAAAAAAACCCUAAGCUUCUGAAAACAAAGAGAAAAAGAGCCGCAGAGUUUGCUCAGGAAGCUCUCAUACGGAACGAAAAUGACUUUUAAGCGAAGGAACGGAGGUCGUAACAAACAUGGACGUGGUCAUGUCAAGUUCAUCCGCUGCUCUAACUGCGGCAAAUGCUGCCCUAAGGACAAAGCCAUCAAGAGGUUCCUUGUGAGGAACAUUGUUGAGCAAGCUGCUGUGCGUGAUGUUCAGGAAGCUUGUGCCUUUGAAUUGUACACUCUUCCUAAGCUCUACUUGAAGAUGCAGUACUGUGUUUCGUGUGCAAUUCACUCCAAGGUGGUUAGAGUCCGUUCACGUACUGAUAGGAGAGUUCGUGAGCCUCCACAGCGUUUCAGGCGCCCAAGGGAUGAUCUCCCAAAGACAGGACAAGCUCCACGCCCUGCUGGAGGACCCCCUGCUGCACCUCGCACUUAAAUUGUUAGGAUUCAGGUUUUGGUUAAUCUGAUAGUUAUGUCGUGUUUUACAUGUGGUGGUUUCAACAGUGUACCGUUUUCAUUUAAGAUAAUGGGACGUAUUACCAUGUUAUGGAAUUGAAUUUUGAAUGGAAAACAGAUGUUUAAAUUUUUCAGAA